CCCGGGCGGGCGGAAGCCUCCGCGGCAGCGCCCGCAGCCACCGGCCCAAGCGCAGCACCCGCAUCGCACGGUACCGGCGGUGCCCGGUGCGUCAUCACCCCACGCCGGAAGCGCCUCAGAGCGGUGCCGGCCCGGUGCCGGUCGCUCCGCCGCCGCCGCCAUGAACAGCGUGGGGGAGGCGUGCACCGAGCUGAAGCGGGAGUACGAUCAAUGCUUCAACCGCUGGUUCGCUGAGAAGUUCCUCAAAGGCGAGAGCGACGGGGAUCCCUGCGGGCAGCUCUUCAAGCGCUACCAGCUCUGCGUGCAGAAAGCAAUCAAGGAGAAGGACAUACCCAUUGAAGGCCUGGAGUUCAUGGGCCCAAGCAAAGGAAAGACUGAAAACUCCUCCUGACCAGGGCUGUGUGGUUGGGGUCUCUAACAUGAGCCUUUGGACUAACCCAGCACCACCAGGUCUAAGACUGGGAGCCACCUGGAUGGGAUCUUUGUUGAGCUGCUUUCUAGGAAUUGAUGAAUCUCCUCUGCUUGUGCAAACAGACAGCCACAGCAGCAGAGACUGGAUCAGGUGGUAACUGCUGCCUCCUUUUCAAUGGACUGUGGUGGUGGUUCAGCAGCUGACAGCAUGAGAAGCCAUCUGAACUAACUUCUAUUGAAUGUACUCUGUAACAGGAGAAUGCCGAUCAGGGUAGGCUAAGAGAGCAGUUGCUUUGUGACCAAUUUAUCUUGCUUGUUUAUAUAACACUUAAAAGUGCUUAAAAAGAGAGGCUGGUUUACUU